GCAAUAUUUCCAGAUGACAGGAAAGGGUGUGAGGAAUAUUCAGACGGACUUACAUGCAAUGGAGGACCCUCCUCUUGCUUCGUUGUCAUUGACACAUGUUCGCUAUAACCCCAACGACCCGCUAUCUUAUGCUUCGGCCUGGCUAGCGCUUGUACCGCAAGGCCUCUGUGUCACAUACGUGUCGUUGAUAUGGGCAUCACGCGAGAUCGAGAUAUUGCUCAUGUUUGCGGGCCAGAUGGCGUGUGAAGCUCUCAAUUUUGUUCUCAAAAGAUUGAUUCGAGAAGAACGUCCAACACAGAUGCAUGGCAAGGGCUAUGGAAUGCCUUCAUCGCACUCCCAAUUCGUGGCCUUCUUCUCGGUUUCGCUAAGCCUAUGGUUACUCUUUCGGCAUGUACCGACGACAGGUGAAGACUACUCUCCUUCCACCUAUGCAGAAAGGUUACUCCUCUCUGUCCUCGCCUGUAUGGGUGCAGCCGCUGUCGGUGCUAGCCGUGUCUAUUUGAAUUAUCAUACUCCCAAACAGGUGUUGAUUGGUAUGGCUGCCGGAGCUAGCUUUGCUGUCAUCUGGUUUCUGUUUACGACUUCUUUGCGUCGCUAUGGCUGGAUUGAAUGGGGACUGGACACAUGGAUCUCGCGGAAGUUUCGCUUUCGGGAUUUGAUCACGACUGAGGAUAUGCAGGAUGGGGGCUGGGUUCGUUGGGAGUCUCGUCGAAGAGCGAAGCGACGCAUUGAUGUGAACGGUAUGAGUAAGAAAGCUAUAUGAGGCUGUCAACUAUACUUUGAGGACUUCAAUGGUCUGUGGAGCAUGCAUUGUCCAAAAACCAGGCUUGAUAGCUUUUCAUAGAAUCACCGUCUUGGUGGUGAUAGCGGACAUUUAUAACCGGGACACACAUCCUGCUUACCUAACUGUUCGUAAUCAGGGGGCGUUUCUCCAUUCUUCAAAAAGUCGCCUAACUUAUCAAUUGAGUUUGGCAGUUCCAGGGGGGAGUAUGUAAACUCGUAUCAGGGAUCAACACCGUAACAAUCUUUACUGAGUACCUGAAGAUGAAAGAAAGACCUACGGUUCAUUGCCUUCUUCUUUGAUCAGUGAGAUCUGCUUCAGACGCUUGUUGAAAUAGGCACAUAGAAGUUGUUGUAGUGGUGUUAAUCGUACAUGGUUAUAGGAAUCCUCGCGCUCGGCGUCUUCUGUGGCCGAAAUGGUG